GGAAAAUUUUCGGCUAUCGGCUUCAUUUUUUCUGCUUCCUUUCUCCCAUCCGCUUUUCCCAUCCUCUAGUAAUCCAAUCCUCAGGGCGUCCUGGUCUAGGUGAAUUGGGUCAUUAUUAUUGAUUUUUUUGUUCGAUUUCCCCUUUUCCUGCCUGUCUUCCAAUCCUCCUCGACAAGAUGCAGAGAGCUCUCACAUCCAGGACUUCCGCUCUGUCCCGAGCUCCUUUCUCCAAGCUCAGUUCACCUGGCGUGUCCUUGCAGCAACAACGAUUUGCUCACAAGGAGCUCAGGUUUGGCGUUGAGGCUCGCGCUCAACUCCUGAAGGGUGUUGACACUCUGGCCAAGGCUGUUACUUCUACGCUCGGCCCCAAAGGCCGCAAUGUAUUGAUUGACCAGAGCUAUGGAUCGCCUAAGAUCACAAAAGACGGUGUGACCGUUGCCAAGGCCGUCACUUUGCAGGACAAGUUUGAGAACCUCGGUGCCCGUUUACUACAGGAUGUCGCUUCCAAGACAAACGAGGUUGCUGGUGAUGGUACUACUACAGCCACUGUCCUGGCUCGUGCUAUCUUCUCCGAGACUGUCAAGAAUGUCGCCGCUGGCUGCAACCCCAUGGACCUUCGCCGUGGUACCCAGGCUGCUGUUGAUGCCGUUGUCGAAUAUUUGAAGGCAAACAAGCGUGAUAUCACCACCACCGAAGAGAUUGCACAGGUUGCCACUAUUUCUGCUAACGGUGACGUUCACGUUGGUAAACUGAUCUCCAAUGCCAUGGAGAAGGUUGGCAAGGAAGGGGUCAUCACGGUCAAGGAGGGCAAGACCAUUGAUGAUGAACUUGAGGUUACAGAGGGUAUGCGCUUCGACCGUGGUUAUACGUCCGCCUACUUCAUGACCGACGCCAAGUCUCAGAAAGUUGAGUUCGAGAAGCCUCUCAUCCUUUUGUCCGAGAAGAAGAUCUCUGCUGUUCAGGAUAUUAUUCCUGCUCUCGAGAUUUCGACGCAACUCCGCCGUCCUCUUGUGAUCAUUGCUGAGGAUAUUGAGGGUGAAGCCCUGGCUGUUUGCAUUCUCAACAAACUCCGUGGUCAACUUCAGGUGGCUGCUGUCAAGGCUCCUGGCUUUGGUGACAACCGCAAGAACAUCCUUGGCGACUUAGGUAUCCUUACCAACGCUACUGUCUUUACUGAUGAGCUUGACAUCAAGUUGGACAAGUUGACUCCCGACCAACUCGGUUCUACUGGUGCGAUCACCAUCACCAAGGAGGAUACCAUCAUCCUCAAUGGUGAAGGUAGCAAGGACGCUAUUGCUCAGCGCUGCGAGCAAAUCCGUGGCGUUAUGGCUGACCCCACUACCUCCGAGUAUGAGAAGGAGAAGCUCCAGGAGCGUCUUGCCAAGCUUUCUGGUGGUGUUGCCGUCAUCAAGGUUGGUGGCGCCUCCGAGGUUGAGGUCGGUGAGAAGAAGGACCGUGUUGUCGAUGCUCUCAACGCUACCCGCGCUGCUGUUGAGGAUGGUAUCCUUCCUGGUGGUGGUACUGCCCUUCUCAAGGCCUCUGCCAACGGAUUGGACAAUGUGAAGGGAGCCAACUUCGACCAGCAGCUUGGUAUUGACAUAAUCCGUAAGGCCAUCACCCGUCCUGCCCGCACUAUCGUCGAAAAUGCAGGUCUGGAGGGCAGUGUUAUCGUUGGCAAGCUCACCGAUGAGUUUGGCAAGGACUUCAACAAGGGCUUCGAUAGCGCGAAGGGCGAGUACGUUGACAUGAUCGAAACCGGUAUCCUUGAUCCUCUCAAGGUCGUCCGCACUGCUUUGAUUGAUGCCAGCGGUGUUGCUUCUCUUCUCGGUACCACUGAGGUUGCUAUUGUCGAUGCCCCUGAAGAGAAGGGCUCUGCUCCUGCUCCGGGCAUGGGUGGAAUGGGUGGAAUGGGUGGUAUGGGCGGUAUGGGCGGUAUGAUGUAAAAGGCACAUAUGUCCGAUGCUCUACUUCCACAACUUCACCUUUCGAAUUGUUAUUUUAAGCGUGUAUUGCAUUUGUAAUAUGGCAUGUUUCUGAUAUCUCUUUUGUCUCCUUAUCACUCUUCACCUUUUUGUCUUACCACCAUCCUCACUACACCUUUCACCUCACGGCCUCGUCGAUGUGCAGAGUUUUGUCUCUCAGCACCUACCACAUCUCCACUCAAUCCAAAUUUUGCAUCUCCCUUUGAAUCCAUCAAAACAAAAGAUCAAAGACUGGUUGGGGUUUUGUACCAUAUAUCAUGUACUUUUAAUUUUCUAUCUCCAGACUCAAAUCUGUUGGCAGAAGAAAAGAAAUACUCAAUUUAAAAAAAUACAAUAUAAUGAUAGUCGUGAUAAAUA